AUGAAAUCAGUAGCAUCAUGGCCUUCUGUUGACUGGACUAGACUUUUCUUCCUGCCAUUCCUUGGAAUGACACUGUACAGGAUGUCUGCUGAGGUCAUCCAUCAGGUAGAAGAAGCACUUGAUGAGGAUGAGAAGGAUGCACUGCUUUUUUUGUGCCGAGAUGUUGCUGCAGAUGUGGUUCCACUGAAUGUCAGGGAUCUUCUGGAUGUUUUAAGAGAGAGAGGAAAGCUGUCUUCUGUGAGCUUGGCUGAGCUGCUCUACAGAGUGAGGCGGUUUGACUUGCUCAAGAAGGUCUUGAAUACGGAUGCCCCGACAGUGGAGGCCCUCCUGCGCAGGCACCCACGUCUGAUUUCAGACUAUAGGGUGCUGAUAAUGGAGAUUGGUGAGGAUUUGGAUAAGUCUGACAUGUCCUCGUUAAUGUUCCUCAUGAGAGAUUAUAUGGGCCGAAGCAAGAUGGCCAAGGAUAAGAGUUUCUUGGAUCUUGUGGUUGAAUUGGAGAAGCUAAAUCUGGUUGCUCCAGAUCAACUGGAUUUGUUAGAAGAAUGCCUGAGGAACAUCAACAGAAUAGACCUGAAGACAAAAAUCCAGAAAUACAGGCAGUCAGCUCAAGGACCGGACAAAAAUUACGUAAAUGCUCUCCAGGCAUCUCUGCCAAACUUGAGUAUUAAAGAUCCUUCAUAUACCCUAAGGAUCCAGAAUGGCAGGAGUAAAGACCAAAGGCUUAUGAUGGGACCACCUGACAUUCAAAGAGAACCAGUGAAGAGAUCCAUUCAGGAAUCAGGAGCAUUUUUGCCUCAGCACAUAGUGGAAGAGAGAUAUAAGAUGCAGAGCAAGCCCCUGGGAAUCUGCCUGAUAAUUGACUGCAUCGGCAAUGACACAGACAGUCUUCGGGACACCUUCACUUCCCUGGGCUAUGAAGUCAAGCGUUUCUUAUAUCUCACUAUGAAAGAUAUAACCGACAUUCUGUGCCAAGUUGCCCGGAUGCCCCAGCACCAUGACUCUGACAGCUUCGUGUGUAUCCUGGUGAGCCGAGGGGGCUCCCAGAGCGUGUUUGGCGUGGAUCAGACUCACUCUGGGGUCCCUUUGGAUCAUAUCAGAAGGAUGUUCAUGGCAGACAUGUGCCCCUCUCUCUCAGGGAAGCCAAAGCUCUUUUUUAUUCAGAGCUAUGUGAAAUCAGAGGGCCAGCUGGAAGACAGCAGCUUCCUGGAGGUGGACGGGCCGUCAGUGAAAAGUGCAGAAUCCAAGGCUGGGAAGCCUGGGGCCUACCGAGAUUUGAUUCACCGAGAAGCUGACUUCUUCUGGAGCCUGUGCAAAGCAGAUGUGUCCCUGCUGGAGGGGCCCUCCAGCUCACCCUCACUGUACCUGCAGUGCCUCUCCCAGAAACUGUGGCAAGAAAGAAAGCACUCGCUCCUGGAGCUCCACACUGAACUCAACAGCCUGGUGUAUGAUUGGAACAUCAAAGUGUCUGCUAAGGAGCGGUACUACGUCUGGCUGCAGCACACUUUGAGAAAGAAGCUCUUCCUCUCUCACAAAUAA